CGAAAAAGAUGUACGUUAAACUUUUGAACCGAAAUAUUAUGAGCGAAUUCUCGCAAAAACAUGAUAUGAAUAAUUGAAUUGAUAAAAUACGAUUUGCUAUAAAGGACAGUAACAAUCAAGCCAACUCGCAGUUCUAAAUCAAGCUCAAUGCACUUCACACGAGUUCGCUAUUACAACAGCUCAACAUUGAACCGCUGAAAGAAACGCUUUCCCACAUUUCUUGAUUUUCUUUUCUGUCAUUUUUAAUUUCACUGAGAUUUUAUUCAGAUUUUUUACUCAUGUGCUCGAUUUAUGGCAACGUUCAAAUUUGAAAAAAUUUAAAACGAAGAGUGCAUCGUUUUUUCUUCUUUGAGAGAACAAAUCGAGUAGUGAACAAGUGCGGCUUAACAAAUAUCUUUUUGUAGCGAGAUGACUAGAUGAACUAAGAGAAGGAUAUCAGAAGAGAAAUCAUACUUGAUGAAAAAACGAUAAGAUGAAGGCCACUCAAUUCCUGGUCGUCGCGGGAGCGGUCUGUUUAGCGUUUACAGAGGGUCAUCUAACUCCGUACAGGGAAGAUACCAGCGAUGGCAAAAAUAUAAUCGAGGAUAGAGCCACAGAGGCCUAUCGUCUGCCGAAUACCCUGUCACCGGAAAAAUAUACAAUCACUUUAACGCCUUACAUUUACGAAGGAAAUUUUACUUUCGACGGAACCGUCAAUAUUGCGAUAAACGUGAUCGAGACUACGAACAACAUCUACCUGCAUGCGAAGAACUUGGUAAUCGAGUCCGUCCAGGUCACCUUGGCAAACUCCAGCAGUGUCUUAGACACCGUAGUGGUUUUGAAUAAUGCCACCGAUGUCUUGCAUAUCAUCCUUGGAAAACCCCUGGCUGCAGGUUCUACGGUGAAUCUGGAAAUCGGAUACACUGGUAUACUUGCCAUUGAUAUGACGGGGUUCUACAGAAGCUCUUACACAGAUGUCAAUGGAAAUUUGAAAUGGAUAGCCACCACACAGUUCCAACCGACUUACGCGAGGCAAGCAUUUCCGUGCUUUGAUGAACCUGCUUUCAAGGCCAAAUUUAAUAUUCGCAUCAACAGACCACAGGAUCUUCACGCCAUCAGCAACAUGCCAAUUGCAAACGAGUCAGCUCUAAGUGAUGGACGAGUCCAGGUCGUAUUUGACGAAACCCCGGUAAUGUCUACGUAUCUUGUGGCCUUUAUAGUCUCCGACUUUGAAAGUCUAACAACUCCUGCACAAAAUUUCACUGUCUGGGCCAGGCCGAACGCCAUCGAGCAGGCUCGGUAUGCCCUGAGUGUGGGUCCUCAGGUACUAGAAUACUACACCGAGAUCACUGGACACGACUACCCUCUUCCAAAAAUGGAAAUGGCUGCUCUGAGUGAUUUUGACUGGGGGGCUAUGGAAAACUGGGGUCUGGUAACUUACCGAGAAACAGCCAUGCUUUACGAUGAGAAUCAUUCCUCAGCCACUGCUAAGGCAAGGGUUGCAACGGUCGUGGCCCACGAAUUAGCUCACAUGUGGUUUGGAAAUAUAAUCACACUGGCGUGGUGGGACUACGCCUGGCUCAAUGAAGGCUUUGCCAGGAGGUUUCAAUAUCUGGCGACUGACGUGGUCGAACCGACGUGGAAAAUGCGAGAUCAGUUUUUAGUUGAACAGCAUCAAGUGGUCUUUGGGAAUGACGCUCUAGAAUCGGCUCAUGCUUUGGUUACGCCUGUAUCAACGAGCAGCCAAAUUUCAAGUCAUUUUAGCACCAUCACGUACAAUAAGGGUGCCAGUAUAAUCAGAAUGAUUGAGAAUAUCCUUGGAGAAUCAGUCUGGCACGAAGCUCUUCACGAAUAUAUCAAAGCCCACUCAUAUGGUAAUGUUGAGCCAGAUGAUCUUUGGGCUGCCAUCCAGACGCAGGUGGAUUCAUACAGGAUUAACCUGGGUGGACAGACGGCAAAGACUGUGUUCGAUACUUGGGUAUUACAAGCUGGUUACCCUGUCCUUAAUGUCAAUAUUAACAACACAACACGAGUAGCCUCGAUAUCUCAGGAGCGUUUUUUGCUCCGAAGAACGGAGAACUCUGUUUCUAAUCAGACUUGGUGGAUACCUGUAAAUUUCGUAGAAGAUGCUAGUCCAGACUUUUCCAACACAAGUGUGAACCAAUGGAUGGGUACCACGACCGCUGAUAUCCAAUUGAGUGCCAGAUUUGACAGUUGGGUUCUGUUCAACGUUCAAGAAUAUGGUUAUUACAGAGUCAAUUACGACGAUGCAUCUUGGGCAAAAAUCAUUGAAUUAUUAAACAGCGCAAACUUUGAGACAAUCCACGUCCUGAACAGAGCUCAGAUAAUCGAUGACAUUCUCAACCUUGCCAGAGCUGACUACGUGAGUUAUGAAACCGCCUUGGCGGCGACAAAAUAUUUGAAACAGGAGAAGAAUUAUAUUCCGUGGAAAUCGCUGUUCACGGGAUUAGACUACAUUAGUCGUCGACUACUUGGAAAUACUCACCUCCAAAAAUUGUAUGAGCAUCAUAUUCUCUCUCUCAUCGAAGAUAUUUACAACGAACUUGGCUUUGAUGAUAUACCUGGAGAAGAUUGGCUCAACACUCUCAAUCGUCGACAGAUUCUAGACUGGGCCUGCAACUUUGGAAAUCGGGAUUGCCAGAGCAAAGCUCUCGAAUAUUUUGCCAAAUUUAAGGCGUCUCCGUCUAAGAACACAGUUCCACCAAAUCAGCGCACUGCUGUGUACUGCACAGCUAUCAAGUAUGGGACGUCAGACGACUGGCACUUCCUUUGGAACCAAUAUGCUCUGGCGAAUGUUGCUGCGGAUAAAAUUGUCAUACUUGAAGCACUCGGAUGUUCAAGGGAUUACAAAAUUCUCUACGGUUACUUGCACUUUCUUCUUGAAGAAGAACGAGGCAUUAGACUGCAAGAUAUGUCAACGGUCUAUUCAUCUGUCUACAGUUACGGUGGACUGUUAGGAGUUGCGGCAACAUUAGACUUCAUUUCGGAUCACUAUUCAGAUAUCGAAUCCUACUAUGGCAGCCUCAGCUAUGUUCAGUCCAUUUUAUCUGGUGCAGCGUCAAGACUAUCGUCUCAAGAAUUAUUGGACAAGUACACAAGGAUCACUACUGCUCAUGCCGAUGAUUUUUCAUCAAUAUCCAACGGUUUGUCGUCCCAGCUCACACUCGCUCAAUACGAACAGAAAUGGAGCUCUGAUCACUUUGAUGAUGUAUAUAAAUGGCUUUCCAACGAACAUUCUGCCGCUAUCGACUAUCGCCUUCCGACAACGAUCUAUCCCAGUAGAUACGAAGUCCACUUGUUUCCACAUCUCGUCGAGGGCAACUUCACAUUUGACGGCACAGUGAGAAUAUUUGCAAAUGUUGUCAAACCAACAAAUGAAGUGGUACUCCAGUAUAACGAAAUCACGGUGCAUAGUCUGUCAGUUGAUGUGAGCCCAGAAACUGCUGAGAUCUUGAGCACCUCAUACGACCAGACUACCCACAAGUACACGAUUCUACUCUCAGCAAUAUUGCCAGCUGGUACUUCCAUUACCAUUCAUAUCACUUAUGUAGGUACCUUGAAUGAUGAUAUGGAGGGAUUUUAUCGAAGCUCAUAUGUCAACGAAGAUGGCGAGACAAGGUGGCUCGCUGCUACUCAGUUUGAAUCCACUUAUGCGCGACAGGCAUUCCCGUGCUUCGAUGAACCAUCUUUCAAGGCCAAAUUUAUCAUAAACUUACGGAGACCAUCAAAUUAUACGAGUGUCAGUAACAUGCCUUUAGCAAACUCAAGCGUACCACAGGAUGGUUACGUUUGGGAUACAUUUGAGGAAAGCGUCAGCAUGAGUAGUUAUUUAGUGGCCUUUCUCGUCUCCGAUUUUUCCAAAUCAACUAAUAAUACCCAAACAUUCAGCAUAUGGACAAGACCAGAGGCCGUUUCUCAAGCCGCGUACGCCCUCGAUUUUGGCCCACGAGUGCUCACAUAUUUAGAAGAUCUUUUUGGUAUUGAAUAUAAAUUACCUAAGAUGGACAUGGCGGCAAUUCCAGAUUUCUCGUCCGGUGCCAUGGAAAACUGGGGCUUAGUUACUUACAGAGAAACCGCCGUGCUUUACGACGAAACACAUUCUUCAGCAUCGGCCCAACAAAGAACAUCCCCAGUUGUUAGCCACGAGCUCUUGCACAUGUGGUUUGGAAACCUGGUCAGCCCAAAGUGGUGGAACGUUUUAUGGCUCAGCGAAGCAUUUGCCAGAUAUUAUCAGUACUUUGCCACUGCUGUGCUCGAGCCCAGUUGGAAUUUCGACCAACAAUUCGUAGUGGAUCAGCUGCAGUCUGUUUUCACGAGCGAUGCUCUCGAAUCUGCUAUUCCAAUGACAAACGACGUGUCAACCCCCUCGCAAAUUAGCAAUAAUUUCGGAUCCUUCUCUUACGCAAAGGGUGCCAGCAUCGUCCGCAUGACAGAAAAUUUUCUUGGAACCGGUAUUUUCAUUGCUGCGCUCCGGAAUUACCUAGAGGCAAGACAAUACUCAACUGCAACACAGAAAGACCUCUGGAAAGCAUUACAGGAGCAGGUUGAUCGCAGCAAUCUUCAACUCGACGGUUCGAUAGAGGACAUUCUAACGACAUGGACGGAACAGGCUGGGUAUCCGGUAAUUAAUGUAGCCUACGCUGACGGCAAUGUUACGUUCUCCCAGGAACGGUUUUUGUUGAGAAAGACAAAUACUUCGGUGACCAACAUCACGUGGUGGGUACCAAUUACGUGGACAGACAGUAGUAGGAGCAACUUCAGUGAUCGCAGCGUCAAAUAUUGGCUCAGCGAAGAAUCUGCGACCAUUCCUAUAACCGAUUAUAUCCCCGAAUGGAUUAUCUUGAACAUUCAAGAAAUCGGGUACUAUCGCGUCAAUUACGAUAAACGGAUGUGGUAUCAGAUUUUCGACCUUCUGCAAAACGAAACUUCUUCCCGGGAUAUUCAUGAAUUGAAUCGCGCCGCCAUUGUGGAUGAUUUACUCAACCUUGCAAGAGCCGGUUACGUGGAUUAUGAGACUGCACUAGAUGGAUUGCAAUUUCUUACCAAUGAAUUUGAAUACUUGCCUUGGAAGGCUGCAUUCAACGCUUUGGAAUACCUCAACCGUCGGUUUGCAGGGUAUUCCGUUGAAUCAUUGUACGAGAAUUACAUACUGGCUAUCCUCGAUAAAGUUUAUGAUUAUGUCGGCUUCGUUGAACAAGCUGAAGAUUCAAGACUCAAAAUCCUGUUACGAAACGAUGUACUCAGCUGGACAUGUAAGUUGGGGCACACCAACUGCGUAUCUCGAUCUCUCAAAUACUUCGCUGAUUGGAGAGCCAAUGAAACGACUCUAAUACCCAAAAAUAUAAGACCCGCUGUAUACUGCACCGCAAUCAGGCAUGGUACACCUGAAGAUUGGCAGUUCCUGUACAGGGAAUAUUACCGCUCUAACGUCGCUGCGGAACAAACGGUAAUCCUGGCUGCCCUUGGCUGCAGUCGAGACAAAAACGUUCUCGAAAGCUAUCUUCGUCUCGCAACGUCAGGAUUCAAUUCCUCCCGAAUCCGUCUCCAAGACAGCACGAGCGUAUUCUCAUCGGUUUACGCGUCUAGUUUACAUGGACUCAGAGUUGCACUUGAUUACGUCAUGGAGAACUACGAGACCAUGCACGAAUACUAUGGAGACUACGACAGUAUUUCUUCCAUACUGUCGGGCAUCUCUCUCCGGUUAUCAACUCCGAAACUUGUCGAGAAGUUUGAGUCUCUGAUUGAAAUUCACGGCACGAAUCUAAGUUCGAUAAAAAAUUCACUGGACUCGUACCUGACUCAAGCGAAAUGGGAGCUCAACUGGUACGGCGAAAAUGCACCAAAUAUAAUUAAAUGGCUGAAUCGAAAUUACCCAGACACGAGCGCAACGACCGACUACCGACUCCCGACCGACAUCGUACCAAAAACCUACGAACUGUGGCUCAAGCCGUGGAUCACAGUGGGCAAUUUCACAUUUGAUGGAAUCGCGGCAAUCGAGGCAAUCGUCGUUACGGCGACAAACAAGGUUGUUCUGCACAUUGACGAAAUCACCUGGACCGAUAUAAAGAUCACCAGUGACGGAACGGAACUCGACAUAGCCGAUGUCACCUACACUCCCGCUUAUCACUUCCUGGUAAUAACACUCGAUACAAACGUUACCGCCGGCUCGGCUCUUGACAUCUGGAUCGAGUACUGGGGAUUCCUGAACACUGCGAUGCGCGGAUUCUAUAGAAGUUCAUACGUCAACGAUGCAGGCGUCACCAGGUGGUUAGCCGCCACUCAUUUAGAACCAACCGGGGCUAGAAAAACGUUCCCUUGCUUCGACGAACCUGCCUUGAAAGCAAAAUUCACCAUCCAUGUAAAUAGACCGGAAGACUAUCACGUGAUCAGCAACAUGCCGUUGAAUAACUCCUCCAACGUCGAGAACGGUCGUGUAUGGGACACCUUCAAACAGUCUGUAACCAUGUCCACAUACUUGGUUGCCGUGAUUGUCUCGGACUUUGCAAACUUGACAAACGAAGAAGCCGCAUUCGGUGUAUACGCGAGACCAAAUGCGAUAAGCCAAGCAGCGUACGCGCUGUCGAUCGGUCCACCGUUGGUCGCUAAUUUGGAAGGACUACUUGAUUACGAGUACCAGUUGCCGAAACUUGAUAUGGUCGCCCUGCCAGAUUUCGUAUCCGGUGCCAUGGAAAAUUGGGGCCUUCUAACUUACAAGGAAACGCGAAUGCUGGUCGACGAAACUCACACGUCAACCGCGGACAAGCAAGUCAUCGGCAACGUUAUUUCCCACGAAAUAACGCAUCAAUGGUUCGGAAAUUUAGUCAGUCCAGAAUGGUGGAAAUACGUAUGGCUGAACGAGGGAUUCGCCAGAUACUAUCAGUAUCAGGGUAAUGCCAAUGUCGAAACUUCAUGGGGUUUGGAGUCUCAAUUCGUGGUGGAACAGCUCCAAGUAUCGUUCGCAUCUGACGGUUUAACAUCGACCCACCCGAUGUCCUCUGACGUCUGGAGUCCAACGCAAAUUCGCGGCAUUUUCGAUACCAUCUCCUACGCGAAAGCGGCGAGCGUCCUUCGUAUGAUGCAUAAAACUUUCGGUGACACCUUAUUCCACCAGGCUUUGCACAAUUAUCUCAAAGCUCGGCAAUUCAAUUUCGCAACACCUGAGCACCUCUGGGAAGCAUUCCAAGGACAAAUAAAUGCUUCAACCACGGUACUGGCCACAAGCGUUAAAUCCAUCAUGGACACAUGGACAACGCAAUCUGGUUUUCCGGUUCUUAACGUCACAAUUACUUCCGGUGUUGCAACCUUCGAUCAGGAGAGAUUCUAUUUGCGAAAUACCAAUAAUGCAAGUAAAAACCAAACCUGGUGGAUACCCAUCACGUGGGCGACGCAAAGCAGCCCCCAAUUUAACAAUACGAUUCCAAAGUACUGGUUGGGCGAAAAAUCGGGAACCUUUGCGCUGAAUGUCGAUUCCGACGAAUGGGUCAUUUUCAAUGUUCAGGAAUCUGGUUACUAUCGAGUUAACUACGACGCCGCUUCUUGGGGACGAAUCAUUGCCGCGUUGAAGGCUGAUACUCGCGAUCAAAUUCACGAACUUAAUCGUGCCGCGAUCAUGGACGACCUCUUCAACCUGGCCAGAGCAGGUUACGUCCGAUGGAAGACUGUACUCGAUGCAACGCUGUACUUGAGCAAUGAAACUAGCUACAUUCCAUGGAGAUCCACCUUCAAUGGACUAACGUAUUUGAAUCGAAGAUUUGCUGGAACGCCUUCCUAUAAUUUGUAUAAGCGACAUAUUUUGAGCAUCCUCGACACAUUGUACAACAAUCUUGGAUUCAGCGACAUCGAUGGGGAAGUUCACUACAACACUCUGUUGAGGGAAUACGUAUUACGCUGGGCUUGUAAUUUCGAACAUGAGGGGUGCAUCAGAACCUCCCAGUCUUUGUUUGCUGCGUGGAGAGCGAAUCCCACAUCUGCAAGAGUCCCGGUGAACCAAAGAAGUGCCGUCUACUGCACAGCUAUCAAACAUGGUACGUCGGAAGACUGGUAUUUCUUGUGGGAUCAAUAUAAACGGACUAACGUCGCCACGGAACAUAUCGUCAUACUAAGUGCUCUCGGUUGUUCGGAAAACACUACAAUCCUUCACGACUACCUGUACUUCGGAAUCACACCCUUCCCAGAAAGUGGGAUACGUUCGCAGGACAGUAAAACAGUCUUCUCGUCCGUAUACAGCGCAGGUUUAGUAGGAGCUGAAUAUGUCCUUGACUUCGUCGAAGAGCACUACGACGAUAUGUACGCGUAUUACGAAGAAUCCAGCAGCAUCGCAUCUAUACUGUCCGGAGCGGCUCUUCGGUUCUCGACGCAAGAACUGGUCGACAAAUUCGAAUCGGUCAUUAAUAGGAGCGCAACCAACGGCACCGGCCUAUCCGCGAUUACAUCUUCUCUCCAUUCGUACCUGAAUCUAGCAAAAUACGAAUUGAAUUGGUUCGCCGUAAAUUCUCCAGCCAUAAUAAAGUGGCUGUCCGCCAUUUACACCCUCGAUUCUGAUUACCGACUACCAACGGACAUCCUACCGGAGAGUUACGAAAUACAUCUAACGCCCAUCCUUGAAAUGGACAAUUUUGUCUUCGUAGGAGAAGUUGAGAUCGUCAUGAACGUGGUCAACGAAACUUCGGUUAUCGUUCUACACGCUGCUCACUUGACUAUCAAGAAUAUAAGCGUCUACAGCAACGCAGCUGCCUUGACAGGCUUCGUCUAUACUUGUGACUCGAUCACCCAGAAACUGACAAUCUUCUUUGGCAAUUCUUUCCCAGUUGGUACGUCGCUCAAGGUUUAUAUCGAAUAUACUGGAAUCUUGAACGACCAGAUGGAGGGAUUCUAUCGAAGUUCUUACACGGCAGCCGAUGGAACGACACACUGGAUCGCAGCCACCCAGUUUCAACCGACUCAUGCCCGAAGUGCCUUCCCCUGCUUCGACGAACCAUCGUUCAAGGCAAGAUUUACCGUCAACAUCGCGACGACGAUCGGUCAACACGCUCUCAGCAACAUGCCAUUGAGUAACACAGUAUGGAUCGAAGGUGUAAAAUGGGAAUCAUUCGAACAAACCGUGCCAAUGUCGUCGUAUCUACUUGCUUUCAUUGUCUCUGACUUUGAAUCGAUAGAAAAUGAAGCCGGAAACUUCAAAGUCUGGGCCAGACCAAACGCGGUCGCAAAUGGCGAAUACGCACUUUUCGCGGGACAAGGGGCACUGGCUUUCCUCGCUAAUUACACCGGCGUUGCUUAUCCUCUCCCAAAAAUGGACAUGGCAGCCAUCUCGGACUUUGCUGCCGGUGCUAUGGAGAACUGGGGACUCGUCACCUUCAGGGAAUACGGUUUGCUUUCGAACGUCAACGUGACAUCGGUUACGUACGAGAGAUACAUCACUACCAUCGUAUCCCACGAACUCGUGCACAUGUGGUUUGGCAAUUUGGUGACCUGUGACUGGUGGAACUUUACCUGGAUGAACGAAGGAUUCGCUCAGUAUUAUCAAUACGUUGCCGGUGAUGCGAUUGAGCCCUCAGCGAACUUGCUACAGCAAUUCGUCGUCUACGCACUUCACGAAGCUCUGGAAAGCGAUGCUUCUAAUUCGACUCAUCCGAUGAACAAUGACGUUUCGACACCUAGCGAAAUCAGUGAUGGCUUCGACACGAUCGCUUACGAGAAAUCCGCUAGUGUGAUUCGCAUGAUGCAGCACAGUUUUGGACCAACGUUAUUUGCCAACGCCCUUCACAAUUACCUUGAAGAAAAUCAGUACGGCACAACACACCCUGAUAAACUUUGGUCGGCUAUUCAAACUCAAGUCGACCUGGAAUACGUACCUGGCAAUCUGAGCCAGCCCGUGAAAACGGUAAUGGACACCUGGGCCUCACAUUCUGGAUAUCCCGUCGUAAAUGUCACCUUGACGUCCGGCGUUUUGAAACUCGCACAGGAGCGAUUUUUGCUGACCCGAUCCGCGAACUCUGCGACAAACCACACCUUCUGGAUCCCCGUGACGUACGCCACUCGGUCGAAUCCUGAUUUCCGAUCGACUUCGCCCAAGCUUUGGUUCGGCGAAAGUUCGACUACGAUUGAUCUCAAUCCCGGCGACGACUGGAUUAUACUGAACGUACAAGAAGUCGGCUUCUACCGCGUGAACUACGACACGGUUUUGUGGUCGCGAUUAAUUGAUACCCUUCGAAGCGACGCCUUCGCAACGAUUCACGAAAUCAAUCGAGCGCAAAUAAUCGAUGAUCUGUUGAAUCUGGCGCGGUCUGGAUACGUGGAUUACAGUUUGGCACUGGACGCCACUUUGUACUUGAAACGGGAAUCGAAUCAUCUUCCCUUCAGAGCCUUCUUCUCCGGGGUCGAUUAUCUUAGCCGGCGUUUCGACGGCCAGAGUAUCAAAACGCUCUUCGACAAACACGUGCUAGCGAUUAUAGAAAAUGUUUACGGGAGCAUAGGAUUGACCGACGUAGAGAACGAAGGCCAAUUGAACGAACUUAACAGACAACUGAUAGUCUUCUCCGCCUGUAAUUACGGUCAUCAAGGGUGUGUCCGACAAGCGCAAACUCUUUUUGACGCAUGGCGCGCUGACCCCGAUGUGGCAUGGAUCCCUCCAAAUAUUCGUUCGGCCGUUUACUGUACAGCCAUAAAAUACGGAGGUGACGCCGAAUGGCAAUUCUUGUGGGAUCGGUAUACAAAGACCAACUAUGGAUCCGAACAGGUAGUCAUCCUCAACGCUCUGGGCUGUUCGAGAAACGCGACUACUCUGCAAGCGUACCUGUUUUCCGCGAUACAGACCGAUCAAGGAAUCCGAAGACAGGAUUCAUCCGCAGUUUUCUCAUCCGUCUACGGCGCAGGACGAUUCGGCUUGGAACAAACCUUGGAGUUUUUGAUUAACAACUACAACGAGAUAUUCACGUACUCUGAAAGCUGGAGCGAUGUCGCGUCGGUUUUCUCAGCCGUAGCGACCAGGUUGGCAACCGAGGAACAAAUCGAGAAACUGGAAAAAUUCAUUUCCGCUAACCCAGAGCUCGCGUCGGAAGACUUGACGGGGUUGGCUUCGUACGCAACUGCAGCGAGAACAAACUUCAAGUGGUACGAAACGAAUUCCAUCGCUAUCAACGCCUGGCUAGAGAGAGAAUACGAGAUGAGCACCACGACGACGACGGGGACACCGACGACGACCCCGGAAGAUAUGGCAACGACUACCGAGGGGACGGGUGGUGGAGCCGCGACGGCGACGAUCAAUAUUUUAUUGAUCGGGAUGGUCUGCUUAUUGACUUUGUCGUUGGAUCGUUUUCCAAAUUUGUAAUAUCGAACGAAAGCGGGGCUUCCAGACUCGAAGAACGAGUUACGGAUUUUAUGUACAAAGUAUUAUAAGAUCGAAGAAGCGUGUAUUUUUCUGAUCAAGUAGGCAUGAGCCUGCAUAGCAGUAAUGAGAUACAUAUAAGUGUUAAAUUAAUCGUUGCUAAACUAAAUGUACUUAUUGACCGUUAACCAAUGUUCUGCUUACUGUAUCGAAUCAAAAAUGAAAACUUGACACAAAAUUAGCUAGGCAACGGGAUUUAUGGGAUAGACCUCAGAAUGAAAUGUGCAUCGUAUCAGCUAAUUUGUGUACAAGUGAUCAGUUUAAGAAUUGGUUAUUGUCAUGGAGCACAACAAGAUUAACGUCGGGUGUAAUUCAAGAAUUAGUAAUUCAUUGUUCCGAUGCAGAUUGGACUAUUGGAUUUCACAAAUUAGCGUGACAGCAAUACGAGGACUAUCGAAAGCUGAAGAUUAAAAUUAUUCAAUAGGACAAACCCGAUAUAAUCAGCCGUCCAGCUGAAGAGACGUCUCAUUCAAUCGUCAGGUGUUUAAACUUCGUCACUUUCAGAGAACUUUGAACAAUUCUUACAAUUAGUAUCUUCAAGUAGAAUAUUUUUACAGUUAGAGUUGAAAUGCACCCUAUAACAUACUGUAAAAAAUUAAAAUAGUGCGUUUGACGUUAGGUAUAGCUGAAUUUGUUGAUUGAAUUAAGUGAUUUGUCAAAUUAAUCAAGUUGCCGCUAGUUCGGUACUUGGAAUAGCUAAUAAAUUUGAUUAUCUCGAUUACUUUCGGUUGUAAUUCAGUUUCAGAGUGUCAGAAUGAUGUUUUGAUGCUGAAAAAAUACAGAAGAAUACUACACAGUUCAA